UAAAAUUUGCGAGUGAAUGCGAAAUACAACGUCUUGCGAAAAUUAAAUGAAAAGCGAAUGAAUGAUCGAAUUACCGCCACUUCUGCAUUAACUGGUCAAGGUCACGAUUACCCAACAAAAUUUAAACAUUAGACAUUAGAGACGAAAUUUCAACAAAACUGUGAAAUUUAUGUUGGUUGGCUUAUAAUUAUCGGAACUUACUUCAUCCGGUAUGAAAUUCGUCAGUUCGGCGACCGCAAUUUCAAGUUCACUUUCGAGUGUGAUCUACUUUCUCGUUUUCUCGCUUUCGAAAAAAAAAUUCCUAAACACACUGCGAGGAAAUUAUUAGUUUACAUAAAUUAAUAGUUAGAGGUGAAUUACGAUUGUGAAUUGUGCUUUAAUUUUCUGCUGUGUAUGGAUUUUAAUUAACGAAUAUGGUGUAUACGGAGGGAUAUUUGAAGGAAAAGCUCACCAAGGAAUUGGACGCCGUUCACGUCGAGGUGACGGACGAGAGCGACGGCUGUGGCGCUAAGUUUUCUGUGCUCAUCGUGUCUGAUAAGUUCAAUGGGAAACCACUUUUAGCUCGCCAUAGGUUGGUUAAUACAGUCCUGCAAGAGGAGUUGAAGACCAUACACGCGUUCACCCAAAAGACAUUAACAGUAGAACAGUACAAGCAGAAAUCUUAAACUGUAAUAUAUUUAAGUGGAUUACAAUGGAAUAAUAC